GUGUCCCGUUACUUAAUCAUGAUAAGUCAGCAAUGAUUAAGUAUCAUAAAGAAAUAUUUAAAUCUCAUGAAUUGCCAAAAGAUGAAUAUAAUGACCAAUAUGAUAGUAUAAAUUUACUUUCACUUGAGUCAGAACAAGAACUUGAAGAAAUAGAUUGGUCUGAAUUAGUGGAGCUUAAAUAUUCUGACGAUUCCCUUUUACCUCAAAUAAGAUAUUAA